AACUUUCUUUUAUUAACAUAGCAUUGAAUGUGUCUCAUAUCUUUUACUGCUGGCCUGGGCCAUUUCUACUCUCUCUCUCUCUCUCUCUCUCCUCCAAACCUUUUAAAGCGCAUUGACACCUCCCCAUCUCUUUCCUGUCUCCACUGCUCGCUCCUCAGCCUCCUCCUCGCACUAACUCUCUCUCUCUCUCUCUGUAUAUAUAUAUAUAUAUCAUGCGCACAAGCAUUAACACAACAUUAAGCAGUGCACAAAUUAUAUAAUUUAGCGAAUAACAUGGAUGAAGAGAUACUGUCAAUGUUCAACCAGUGCCCUGGUCCGGGCCCCAGCGCCGACGUCGGCGGUGCAGCAGGCGACGUGGAUCUCAGUUUCGGCAGCUCCUCUUCGUCUUCGUAUUCGUCGUCGUCGUUCGCCGCCAGCACAUCCGCCACCCUCAGCGCCCGCAGCAGCCUCUCCCUCUCCCUCUCCCUCUCCCUCUCCCUGCCCCCCAACUCCUCCUCCUCCGUCCUCCGCCCGCUCCCCCACUCUUCUUCUUCCUCUUAUGCGAACUGGUCUGCUCUCCGCGCCGCCACCGCCCUCUCACCCGACGGCCUCCUCCGCCUCCACCACCUCCACCUCCUCCGCCCCCUCGGCUCCGGCCACCUCGCCCGCGUCUUCCUCUGCCGCCUCAAGGGCCUCCCCCCCUCCUCCCCUCUCUUCGCCCUCAAAGUCGUCGACCUAAACAUCACCAAUAGCAGCAGUAGCAGCACUAGUAAAAACAACAACAGCAGCAACAACGAGAGCAGUAACAGCAGCAACAACAGUAACAACAAGGACACCGACAACAACAACGAGAAGGAGGAGGAGGACGAGUACUGCAGCAGCAAGGUGGCGUCCCACGCGAUGGCGGAGUCGCGUGUGCUGUCGGCCCUGGACCACCCCUUCCUGCCGACGCUCUACGCCCGGCUGGACCCGUCCCACUACGCCUGCUUCCUGAUCGACUACUGCGCGGGGGGGGACCUGCACUCCCUCCUCCGCCGCCGCCCCGCCGGCCGCCUCCCUCCCGCGGCGGCGCGCUUCUACGCCGCCGAGGUGCUGCUGGCGCUGGAGUACCUCCACGCCCUCGGCUUCGUCUACCGCGACCUCAAGCCCGAGAACGUCCUCCUCCGCGCCGACGGCCACGUCGUCCUCUCCGACUUCGACCUCUCCUUCCACUCCCACGUCUCCCCCUCCCUCCGCAAAAUCCGCUGCCGCCGCCGCAGCAGCAGCAGCAGCAGCCACCGCCACCGCCACCGCUCCUCCUCUUUCUUCGCGCGUUCUUUGGCGCGCGGAUGCUGCUUUUGCGAAGGAGGGGCGGCGGCGGAGGAGGAGGAGGAGGAGGAGGAGGAGGAGGUGGAGUUCGUGGCGGAGCCGGAGCGGGCGUUCUCGAAGGCGUGCGUGGGGACGCACGAGUACCUGGCGCCGGAGAUCGUGAGCGGCGGCGGGCACGGCAACGGCGUCGACUGGUGGGCGUUCGGCGUCUUCCUCUACGAGCUGCUGUACGGCCGGACGCCCUUCAAGGGCCCCGCCAAGGAGGACACGCUCCGCAACGUCCUGCACAGGGAAUUGCGAUUCCCCGACCUCGCCGGCGCCGGCGCCGGCGACGAUGACGACGUGGCCACGGCCAAGGAUCUCAUCCGGCGCCUGCUCGAGCGGGACCCGCGGCGUCGGAUGGGGUCGGCCCGCGGCGCCGCCGAGCUGAAGCGCCACCCCUUCUUCCGCGGCAUCAACUGGGCCCUCAUCCGAUGCGUCGCUCCCCCCGUCGUCCCCGCCGCCUCAGCCUCAGCCUCAGCCUCGGCCUCGGCGGGCCCCACCCCGCCGGAGACCGUUGUCGGUGUAGGGGCCGGGGCAGGGGCCCACCUCAUCCUCAAGUGGAGCAGCUGGCGUAAUUUUCACAAGAGAGGGUGCGCCGGUUAUAUCAGGAAGAAGAAGGGGUUUUUUGGUCAUUUGGGGUUGCCGUCGGGGUUGGGAUCUAAUUAAGACGAUAAAAGAGAGAUAAGCAGAGAUACGUAGUAAACGUAAUAAAAUUAAUACGUCGCUCGCGCACAUGCAUGAUGAUCGAGGACGAAGGAAGUUCUGAGACGUUCGUGAUCAAAUUUAGCUGCUUAAUUAAUUUGCUGUCCGUUUAAGGCACUGUACAAAUGAAGCUGAGUUGAGAGAUGCAUGCAUACGAGAUCGAUACUAGCAGUAGCCGGUGCGGUGAUUAGUAACUUAUUAGUAUUUGUGUGAAUAUAUGGAUCAUUUUGAUCUUAGUUGGAAGAGCAGCGAGGUACAUAAAUUAAUAUAUACUAUUUACGUA